AUGUUUCCAAAGAUAGAUCAGGUGUUUGUAAAAACAAACAUGGCAGAUCUCACAAAGACAUGGACAAUAAUGAACAAUGAAGGUGUCCAUCAUACGAUAGUUUUCAACAAAAAUCUGGAUCAUCCUGUUAUAGUUAGUGGAUGGAAGGUCCUGGAAAGUUACUAUAACUUACCUCCUGACAUGGUGGUUGCGUUCGCUUAUUACGGAAACGACAAUUUCUCUAUCUCAAGCAUUAAAGAGCUUAAUGCGUUUGAGGAAUUACCGAAAUUCCACAAUAGAUUUCUGAAACGCGAAGGCAUCAUCUUUUGUGACGUAGAUCUUACACCACAAAACGUGGACCAUACAAAAUUAGUUGAGUUAUUUAAAAAAAAAUUGAGGUAG